UACACUGUUGACAUUUGAAAAUUUCAGCGCGAGUUGAAAGUGGCAAGCGGCGUUAUAUCCAGUGAACUAGUGACAAUUAAGUGGGAUAGAAGAUGGAAGAAUUUCAAUUAAAAGUCAUAAAUUGGAGAGCAGCUCUUGGACUUCCUCCACCAGAUGAUGAAACCUUGCGAAGUGUGUGUAAUCCACAAAUGCAACCAAUCGUAGAAGAGAUGAUGAUGCGCAUCCGCCCAGUGGAAGAGGUGAAGAUGAUACGGAGAUGUGUGGCUAUGAGUGAAAUGAAAAAGAAGUCUGAAUCUGAAGAAAAAAAGUCAAAGGAAGAAGAAAGGUUAGCAUUGCUAAGAGAAUACAAAGCAUUAAAAAUGGAAGUCCAGGAGAAGAAAGCAAAGGAAUUAGCACAAAAGGAGAGGAUAGAAACUCUCAAAAGAGAGAUCAAAGAAAAACAUCAAAAAGCUUCAAGUUUGCUACAUGAAAUUCGGGAGCUGAACAACCUAACUUUGACCGUGAAUGCAGCAUCCCAGCAGCUUAAGAAUGGCAUGAAGCUAAUGUGUGACAGUAAUUGCAUCACAUCGUACAGCAAGAAUGUUACGCAGGAGCAGCAGUCUUCACCAUCAGAAACUCCUUCUGUGGUCGAAAAAUUUAUAGCAGAACAGGAGGUAGUGAUUGCAGAUCUCGCUGAGUCUCGCAUCUCGGCGCCACCUGAACCGACGCCAGAUGUGGGGUUGUAUGCCGAGCUGAUUGAGGCAGAAGUUCACAACGUAGCCCUGAAAAAGCAGUUGAAAGAGAAUGAAUCUAAUAUUGAACUGGCCAUUGAUAGUCUGUUGCAGAAUACUAUGCACACAUUAUCAGAUUCAGCAGACAGAGAAAUCGUACGAGAAUGGGCAAAGCUUCAAGUUACGAGACAGACUAGUGACGUAGUCUGCCAUUCUCUGAAGGAAAUCAUUUCAACUCGUAGCAGCUCACUUCGUUGCGACAGAGACUUCCUCCGUGUUGUUUUAAUUGAUGCUGAAAAGAAACUUAAUGCACUUGAUGAAAGAUAUAAAAGUGCUCAGAAGGAAUUAAUGAAUGUGGCUAGCGAUUUGUCUCACAGCUGGCACAAUAUUGAGGAAGCAGCAGAAAAAGCUAGAAGGAAACGUUCACAGCUAGACAUAGAAUCCAAGGAAGCACCAAAUCGUCUCACAGAACUAAUGAAUAAAUUGAGAAGAGCUUCAGCAGAGGAACUUAAAGCUUUGCAUGAAACCAUGGUAUCACUGAUGAACAGAGAUUCUACUUUACAAGAGUCAUUGGACUUUGGUACAGCAUAUAAUGACUUGUUCUAUAUACUGGAUCUUGUGGCGCAAAAGAGGAUGGCAAGACAUGUGACACUAAGUUUACCUGAAAUGUCUAUCCUCGCAGAUGACCCUCGUUUAGAGCAUCUCAUUGGCAUGCACUCAGAUGAAACACAUGAAUCUGAAAGUUCCAACAAAUUCUCAAAUACCUAUGAAUGGAAUCAACAUAUGGAUGCUUUCCUGUCUAAUAAUGAUCAACUGGUUCAAUCAUUAAGAGACCUCAUUGCUGUAUGGUGGCAACAACCGUUUGAGACAGGUGUUCCAGAAGAUAUGAUUGUAAAUGGAAAGAACAUAUUGCAGCAUACAGCUCACUGGGAUCGGGUAACAGCUUUCUUGGAAAGAAAGCAAAUGAAGGAAUAAGUUGUGGGAAAUCAUAUUUGAAAAUUAUGAUUUACAAAUUUAUUUAUAUGUAAUUUUUGUUAAGUAUUAAAACAAUAUGAAGUUACGUUCCUCUGUUAACUUGCAAGAUCCUGGUUGAGUUAUAGCUUUUUAUACGUUUAAUCAGUGCAAUAUGUAAAUUAAAAUAAACUACUUUCUUCAUAUACUACUACAUAGUAAUGGUCUUUGCAAUGCACCGAUGCACAGCUGUGAUUUUAUAUAUGUAAAUAUCUAAGUACGUAGCAUUGCCUGUGUAUGCAACCCCCCACCCCGUUAUGAUCCCACCCCUCUUCGUCUGUCGCCUUCACCCCAUCCUUGUCUGCCCCCCUCUCUUCCCUCUGUGGUACAUUCAGCAGCAAAUGUGAAUACUGUCUGCUAAAUGUGUCGGGAAUAGAGUUAGUAACAAAGUAGUAAUCAAUUUAAACAUUAUGCCUGAUGUGACAGUUUAACUGCACGAACUGCAAGUAUGUAGUACACAAUAACUUUUUUUGCCUCAUAAUUUUGUCAGGUCUGCAAGUCAGAAAAAGUUGAGUAAUUGUUUGAAAUUAAGUAUAAAGUUUGUUGCAAGUCACUAAGGACUCCCGUUGUCAAGUACUGGAUAGCUACACAUUAUGCAACAAAUAGUUUGGAAGUACGAAUUAAACGCAUCGAAGAUUGUAUAAGCACUGUAUUUGUUUCUUUCAAUGUUAUUGAGUAGCAAAAAUUGAUUAACAUAAGCAUUUUCACAAAUGUGAUGAAGUUCAAAAGUGGAAGAGUAAAUACUACCCCUAAUUCGCAUAAGAUUCUUAAAGUCAAUAAGUAUUUUGUACUAUAAACUUUGUAAAUAAGGCUUGCCUGUCCUCAGGAUUCGAGCUAUCUUAUUAUCAAGUUUUAUGAAAUCUGUUCAGCUAUUUAGUUAUAGUAAAUUUAAACAUCAUGUAUGAUGUGACUGUUUCUCCAUCUCACUGUGUAUGGCAUUUUACUCCUGAACUGUAAUAGGUAGGUGGCUCUUACCCAUACAGCAAUUGUUGGCUGACAGUAAGGGAUGUGUGUACCAAAUUUGGUUGAAACUGAUCCAGUGGUUUAGGAAAUGUGGAAUAUACAUAUGUGUAUACAUAAGUUUUUAUAAUAUGGAUGGAUUAUUUGAAGUUUAAAACUUUAGAGGUUGUAACACGCCCCCCCCCCCCCCCAUCAAAUAAAUUGAUAGGCUCAGCAGAACAAAACUUUGAAACUAUCUGUAAUAGUUUCACUAAAAUUCUGGUGUAAGAGCUGAAGUGCUAAGCCAUUUGAUUUCCACAACUGUAUUAAAGAAAAUUUCAACUGACCAUUGUUGUUUUUCUGAUUACUGUGAGAUAUGAAAAAAAAUCAGUAUCCUGAUACCUUGUGAUAUUGAGACUUUCUAAUGUAAUGAAACAACUGUUUAGGAUAAACAUGAAUACAAAAGUAGCACUGGUCAA